AUGGAUGAAGCAAGAAAUUUACUUAAAGAGAAACUAGAGUGUUCAAAUAUAAGUGAAUUGAUUGGGGAUGUUGCUAAAAAAAAUUUUUCUUUUCUUAAUUACAUCAAAAUCUCAAAUGUCGGAAUUUUGGAACUCUACAAACAUCAAACAGGUGUAAUUUUAGCAUUUAUGAAAACCUUUAAUAGCUCGGGCCCAUCUUUUAUUCACUGCAAAUUAAGUUUUAAAACUGUACCCAAAAAUAAUAAAGGAAUACCGCAUGCGCUAGAACAUGUUAUUUUUAAUGGUAGUAAAAAUUUCCCAUAUAAUGACAGUAUUGACAAGAUUUCUAAUAAACUAUGUUGUCCAUAUACAAACGCUUUUACUUUAGACGAUUCAACCACAUUUGAAUUUGAAUGUACAAGUGAAUGGAGUCUUUUACAGAUGUUAAAAGUUUGGUUAGAUCAUCUAUUUUACCCACUUUUGUCGGAAGAAUCAUUUCUAACAGAAGUCGUGCAUUUAAACGGAAAUGCAGAGUAUCAUGGAGUAGUUUAUUCAGAAGUAUCUUCUUUUGAAAGGGACUAUGAUGAAAUUGUGGCAACUCUUUCAAAGUUUCAUGUUUUGUGUGAGAGCCCAGUUGAGAAAAAAAAACUUAAGCUUCAAUCUACAUGGGAACUUUACGAUAAAAUUAUUGAAAAAUAUAAUGGAAAAUACUCUUAUAUUUUUUCAUGUAUUGGGAGAACAACUGGACUUGAAAAACUUACUUUAAAUGAACUCAAAGAAUUCCAUGCAAACUUCUAUAAUCUGAGCAAUAUGCUAAUUUUCAUAUCUGGAAAUGAUAAUAUAAAUAUAAACAAUAUUUUUGGAGUAAUUGAAAGUUUUAUUAAAGAAAUAGAACCUAUUUCUGGUCAUAAAGAUUUUAAGAAAAUUAAAAUUUCACACACUCCAGUCGGCCAAAGACUAUUAUCCAAUGAAAAAUGUUGUUUUAGUGAAACUUUGAGUGAACAAACUUUUCCAUGGUAUCUAGAGAUUCCAUUUCCCAGCGAAGAAGAAGAUUUAGGUACUAUUAGUUUCUCAUGGAGAUUUGGGUCAUUCUCAAACUUUAAAGAAAUGUUAUCAAUAACUGUAUUGCUACAUUAUUUGUCUGUUGGAAGUGACUCCCCGCUAAUGAAAGAACUUGUAGAGGAUAAAUCAUACUGUUCAAAUGUAGAUAUGUUAAAUGUUUGUGAGAAAAAUAAAUAUCAUCAGAUUUUACUUCAAGGAGUUGAGACGGGAAAGUUUGAUAAAACGGUAGAUUUAUUUGAGAGAAUAAUCUCUGAAUUCCAAACUGGUGAAAGAAAAAUUAAUUUGAAUGACUUAAAAUGCAAGAUAGAAGGAUUAUACUAUGGCCAUUUAAUUUCAUUGGAAAAUAAAACUAUUGAUAUUGUUUUUCAACAACUUUCUGGUUUUAUAAAUUAUAGAGUAGACAAUUUCGAUGAAUUUGGUCUAUUUUGUAAUUUACAUAUUGUUCUUAAAGAAUUAUUAUCUGAAAAUUUGGAAUAUUGGAAAAAUCUUUUAAAUGAAGCUUUUUGUCUGAAAAAAAUGAAUGUUCUUGAAUUUUUCCCAAGCAAAAGAUUAUCAAAGGAAAUUACACGAAAAUUCAAGCAAGAUAGAAAAGAAAGAUUAGAUAAAAAAGGUCAAUCUUUCUUUCAGAAUAUUAAAGCAAAACUGGAAGAGGCAGUAAAAACAAAUAAAAGACGUUCUAUCACUCUCGAAACCCUUAACUACUUUAAUAUAACAUUCAAUUUAAAUAAUAUUAAUCUAAAUAAAGCUAGCAUUACUACAAAUGUGAAUUACUCUGAAAGCAAACUUGCUGAAAUUAAUGAAGGAAAUGAUAUAAUAUUUAAAAAAUUGAAAGUAGAUAGUAACCCAGAAUUACAAAUAAUGGAAAAUUGUUUGUACUUCUUUUUAGAAAAUUCAAAUACUGAGUUUGUGCACGCACAACUGAGAAUGAAUUUGGAUGAAAACCUCUCUAAUAUUGACAAAUUGCUUUCAUCUUUCCUAGUUGAAUUAUUACUCCAAACAUCUGUCAAAAUUAUAAAUCCAAUUGGCUCUAAAGUUUCUGAAAGUUAUUCGAAGCUAAGAGAAUCAAAAGGUUUCCUACCAGAUAUUAGUUGGUCAGACGGAGAAAUCAUUAAUUAUUAUGAUUUUGAUAAACUUUUAAAUACUUUUUGUAUUGAUUACUAUGCUGAAUUUAGUGAUGGAUGGAUUUUGGAUUCUAAUACAAUCCCAAAUCAAAUUAAAAUAAAUUGGACAACUCCAAGAGAAUAUGCAGAGUUCUCCUCAGUAUUAAUAAUGAGUGGAAUUUGUGGGAUGAAAUUGAGCAUUGAAAGAAUUUCAACAAUAGCGAGAAAUAUUCAAGGAACUAUUUGCGAACUAAAAUUGAGCGAAGAAAAUUUAAUUACUUGUGUUUCGAACUCUCUUUGUUUCUGUGAUCGGUCAAUAUUUAACAUUUCAAAUAUCCCAAAUUUCGACCAUAUUUUGAAAAUUUUGAUAAGAGAACCAAAAAAGUACCUUAUUGAAUUAGAACGGAUCCAUUCAAUCCUUAUUAAACCGUUCACUUUUGGUAUAUCAGAUAAUACUUCUUACAAUAACACUCAAUUUUCAUUAUUUAUAAUCGGAACAGAAAAGGUCAACAAAAUGAAUAUAUUCAAGUAUUUCUAUCUCAAUAAAAAUACUAAAAACCAGAAUUUAUUCGAUAGCAAAAUACCUAAUCCUGUUGACUCAGGUUUACUUCCAUGGGAAGCCCUUUCAAAAGCACUUCCAUUAAAACUUGGAAUAGAUUUUAAUUCAAAUAAUUCAUGUAAAUUUAGAGUCCCAGAAAAAUAUGGGUAUUCAAUUUAUUUACAGGUUCCAAGCUCCAGUACAGCAUGCUUUGUUCAGUCAAUUAAUUUAAAUACUUUUGGCUCUUUCUCUCCCAAAGGAUCUCACUUCUACAAUCCGGAUGUUCCAGCUCUUCUCGUACUUUCAAAUUAUCUGUGGGACCCUUGUUCACUACUUUUUGAGUCUAUAAGGGGUAACGGUUUGGCUUAUAGUGGAUGUCUGGACCUUUGUAUGUCCACUGGCCAGUUUUCUAAUUGUGUCUAUGAAUCCACAUCAAUUGGCGAGUCGUUGGUCAAGACUUGGGAAAUAUUCCGUGAAAUCUCUAUGGAUGAAAAUGAAAUUGCUGAAGAGAUAAAAAAAAAUAACAAAUUACCAAAGUACUAUGAAAGCCUUUAUAAAAAUUUGGAUCUGGAUGAAGCAAAGAGAAUUUCUGCUUAUAAAUUCAUUUCCAAACAUAAGAAGUUCAAUAAUUGGGCAAAACAACUCAACUUUGAUCUCAACGUUGGUAUUUCUCCGAACUUUGAUAAAUUCAUUAUCGGGGAAAUAUCAAAAGUUACAGUUGAGGACAUAAAAAGAGUUUCAAAUAAAUAUCUUAAACAUUUCUUACCCAACACAUCAAAUUUGGCACCUUCUAGCUGUAUAGCUUUCUGCGGCGGAGAAAACUCAGCUAUUGAUGCAAUGGAAGUCCUUAAGAAUUAUCAGAAUUUUAGGUUUAGUGUCAUUUCUUACUCUGAAUUUUCAAAACAGACAUUGAAAAACAUUAAAAUUUAG